AUGCAUCUCGGAAACAGUAGUCUUCUCAAGGUUUGUGGGUGAGCCAACCUAAUAAGCGAAUUCAUUUAUCCGCGACACCAAAACCUGCAGGUCGUCAAGGCUUAAUACUGAAAGAGCCAUAUCAAUAUUGUGACCAAAGUGAGUAAUUCAGCGUUUCGAUGCAAAAUCGACACUCAGAUGCGUAAAAUAAGCUUCUGACAGUUCAGUCAAUAAAGAAAUGGAACAGCAUGUGAGAUAGGAAACGGCCUUUUCAAACCACAGAUCGAAUAUCGGAUGGGCGAGAAAGGGUGUCUUCGAUCAGAAUUUGGGUACUAUUGUACUGAUUGCAGGCUCUGGGCAGGCAGAUGUUUCUUGUCAGAAUUCCAUCUAGUUCUCCCAUUAACUGUAAAGACGGAAUAUUAGUGAACAACAAAGCUGCGGCGAAGUGAAUAAAGGAGACGGCGAUUGGUUUUUGUCAGUCAUGACACAGUUGAAAAUGUCUAUGUUAUUGGAAAUUGACAGUAGAAGUUAUUUUCGUGGAACUGAGAAAUGUCAAAGCAAUUCCUGUAUUGUAAUAUGGACGUAUUGGUUUGGGUGAGUGGCAAGCUAUGCGAACUACUCGGUUGUCAGUAAAUACUACUUGGAUGGAUGCCUGCUAUCGCCCCAGUAUUUCACGAGCACUGACCUGUUCAUAUUAGUCGAUUUUUUGUCAGUCGUCUGUCAAGGUUACAACUGGCACACUAUCCUGUCUGCAUGCGCAUUUCUCUCAGGGCUCAAAAGUAGUAUGCGCUUGUGAUAUCGGUAAUUGACCUCAAGGCGAGGACUAAGUGGUCCGAAAUACAGAACGCCGUAUCAGCGAUGUAUUAUGUAGCCGAGCGAGUCUAGCUUUGAAUCAGAUAGACUUGGCUGAAUCAACAUGGUCUGCAAAAAGAGCUCUGCCCUGAAUGUUCGUACGGGUGAACAUGUGAUCCUCACCAACUUGCAGUAUGAGUGCAGAUCGAAUCGAUACCUACUGCCUACAUUCCAUCUCUCGACGGGGAUAUCUUGUCAACGUUGCACACGCCAGUAUAUUUGGCACUCAGCAUACGCGGUCAGCGGCUGCUUGCCAACUCAUCCCUGACCAACGAAAUUGUUUCCAAAAAAAUUCACCCUUUCACUCUGCUGCCUACCGCUCACUCAACUCUGCUAAGUGUUGGAACCGGCCAUUCGGAACCCGUAGAUCCUCUGCACGUGCUUGUGUGCAUGCAUAUGCGUGUAAAGUUGUGAGUGCACGAUAAAAACAACCUUCCUGGUAUUCUUGGAAGUUCUUCUCUCCAUCUUCGAUUAUAACUUAAAAUGGCGCUUUCACAGGCAGCAAUAUUCUAAGACUAAUUUCCCCUGAUCCAGAGCUGUCCUUCACUGAACGACAUACGACUUGCUCAGGAAAUAAAAGACUUAACAAUAGAAGUAGCAUUUCUUAAAGUGAACAUUUGUGUGUGUUAGGUCAAGGGAGGUGAUGUUCUCCACACCCACCGAGUGGUAUUAGCGGCCCGGGUUCCCUCCUUGCGGGCAAAUCUUAGUGGUUUUCCCAGGAAUGACGAUUAUGCUCUAAAAUGGCCGACAGUGUCUCUCAGGUAAAACUUCCAUUUGUCGGUUGCUCAAUUUAACCUACUGUUUUUGCACUUUCCAGCCUCGCAACUGCGUUCAUUCAGUAUGUGUAUACCGGCCAGGUUAAGUUGACAGAAAGUAAUGUGAAGGACAUGAUUAUGUUUGCAAGAAUUUUAAAGAUCCCUAACCUCGUGAACUGGGGAACAUCAUUCAUGGCUAAUCGGUAAAUAACUUCCGAUUGAUCCUCUCUGACUGCCUGUUUUUAAGAGUCAAUUUAGAAAAUUUGCCAGCAACAUGGGACUUUGCCAAGUCUCUGAAUAUCGAGCCACUGAUGGAUACCUGCGUCAGUCUAAUGAAAAAACGCUUUGAGGAUUUCGUGACCACUGAGCACUUUGUUCGCUUACCGGCCGAAAAUGUGCUUAGUUUGCUUCGGAGCAAUGAUCUAUCAGUGAGGUCUGAGGACAAGGUUAUUGGGGCCAUCGCACGUUGGGUGGACCAUGCUGACGAUGUCCAUGAUGAGAGACUCAAUGUUGAAAGAGGUACAGUGGCACCUAACGACGACUCAGUGCCGCAGUCGCCUUAUGGAGACUUAUCCAACAUUCUGGAGAAGAUUCGAAUGCACGUAAGCAUAUGCAAUUCAAUCUCAUUUAUUUGCCUACAAAGUUGUACACUGUUUCAGAUUGUGAAUUGGAUUGGCAAUGCAGACCACGAACAGUCACGCUGUCCCUUUAAUGUAAGGUCACGUCAGAAGGGAGAGGAGAGCUGUGAAGCAUCCAGGCACGUUUCAGGUGUGCAGGACGAAAAACAAGUUGUUGUCGCACCCCGCUGCCGUGUCGUGCGCGACGAAACAUCUCGGCCGCGUCAGACGUUCUUUCUCUUUGGAGUGGAGAAAGAUCAAAGAAGAUGGUCUGUCCUACGUUGCGAUCCCCAUCUGCAAGAGGAAGAACGUAUUGCUGAGAUGCAAAAACGCUGGUGGGCCUCCUACAGUUUGGUGAAUGGUGAGUUCUUCGGCACCUAUACGCCUUCCUCAACACAUAUUAUUUUAUUGAAGUCAUUACUCGUGUGCAGGAUUAUAGGCCUCUCUCACCGCAGUAAAGGUAUGUUCCAUAAAGCAGGAAGGCAUAGACAUUUGAGCAUUUUCAGUUUUUGAGAUCGUCUACUACCUUAAAGCUGCAAGAAAUGAUCCAAUUAGAGUGCUGGGCAAGUAAAGCUUUUUUGUCGCGAUCGGCGUCUGCUUUUUAAUAGCGGAGCAGACAGGUUAUCAGAACCUCUUGCCUUGCACCUCAUCCGGGAACUUUCUUUUUUUACGUUUUCGCCCUCUCGGAAGAGAGCAUUUUCGUGGUUGGAGGAGGAAAGGACUCAAGACGUGUUGAUGAGCUUCUGGUGAGCGAAGGAUGCUGGCCGAGCGGGCGCCUCUAA